UUAGAAUUUCAUCGACUGAAAGUCAUUCUUCACAAACACAAUAACUCCGAGUUUCACCCAGACGAACCCAGGAUCCUCAUUGCCUCAUUCAUGCGGAAGAUCACCUCUUACAUGUACUAGUACCUCCAACUUCUCGAAGAUUACUCAUCUCAUUAUUCCCAAGAGGUUUCCUCUUUUUCUUAAAAAAAAACUACUCCACUCCCUUGAAAAACGAAAAAUUGUCUUCGUAUUAUUGCACAAUGGGCAACUCCAAAUCAAGUCUCGCGUACGAACAGUCCAUCUUGGAGGCUGCAAUCCUUGAGUCCAAUGUAAUCCACAACCCAGGGUUGUCGUACCGUGAGACCUCAUCUUCCCCUGAUGAGAUUGGAGAGGCGUUGGUGGCGGUGAUGAAUGGCAACGAGGACGAAGAAGUGCUAGGCAAGAUUUCCAAGUAUCAGGAGCAUCGAAAGGAGAUGAGGAGCAGUACUGCAUGCAGGGGCGUCAGGGCGAGGCUAAGUGCCAGCGUCAACAGCAACGAACGGCCCCCUGUGCGAAGCAUCCGUAUUCCUAAUCCUCCGGUUGGCUCGAGAAGAUCAUCCGUUUGAUUCUGAUUCAUUCUGCGAACGGAGCUACUUAUUAACAGAUCAUUGCAGGUGUAUAUGUCUUGGAGGCAUAUAACCACUUCAGCAAUUUGCCAGCCGCAGGUUCACACAGCAUCACAACCUAACUAACUAAUACAAUAAUGCAUUCAUAUCCCACAGUUUAGAUAUCCCAACCAAG